GUGCCCUCGGAGCGGGCGGCGGCGCGAUGGCGCGGGCGGCGGCAGCCCCGGGGCGGCGGGCGGCGCUGAGGGCGGGCUGAGCGCAUGGAGCAGCGCGGACCGGGGGCCGCGGCGGCGAGGGGCCGGGCCGGGCGGCGAGGAGCCAGAGCAGCCAAGUCUCACGUGAGCACCGGUGAGGGCCGCUUCCUGCCUCCCGCAGACCUGGCCUUCAGGCUGUUCCCAAGCCAAUGAACCCCAUGAACCCCAUGAAACCUGCCCUGCCCCCCGCACCACACAGUGAUGGUCCAUUCGCAUAUGAGGCGGUGCCUUGGCAACAGAGUGCCACUCAGCCAGCAGGAUCGCUGUCUGUGGUCACAACCGUGUGGGGAGUCGGCAACGCAGCACAGAGCCAGGUUUUGGGGAACCCCAUGGGCCCUGCAGGGAGCCCCCCCGGCAGCUCUGUGAUGCCCGGCAUGGCAGGCGGCAGCUCUGCCCUGAGCUCCCCACAGUGCCUCGGACAGCAGGCGUUCGGUGAGGGUGGUGCCAACAAGAGCUACGUGCCACAAGGGGUGUAUGGCCGCGGGGGCUACCCCGGGGGCCCCGGCUUCACUACCGGGUAUGCAGGUGGCCCAGGAGGUCCGGGGGGCCUGGGCCUCCCCUCACACGCCACACGGCCAUCCACCGACUUCACUCAAGCAGCGGCGGCGGCUGCAGUGGCUGCUGCCGCCGCCACGGCCACCGCCACAGCCACGGCCACCGUGGCCGCCCUCCAGGAGAAGCAGAGUCAGGAGCUGAGCCAGUACGGAGCGAUGGGGGCCGGACAGUCUUUUAACAGCCAGUUCUUGCAGCACGGUGGUCCCCGAGGGCCCAGCGUGCCCAGCAGCAUGAACCCAGCCAGCGUGGGAGGGCUGAUGGGCCCCUCCAGCAUGAGCCCCAUGGGCAUGAACUCCACCCGGGCAGUGGGCAUGGCGCCCCUCUAUGCAGGGCAGCGCCUGCCCCAGCAAGGGUACCCGGGCCCCCCCCAGGCCCAGCCGCUGCCCCGACAGGGUGUCAAGAGAGCCUACUCGGGCGAGGUGUACCCUGGGCAGCAGUACCUGUCAGGAGGCCAGUAUACACCUGGUGCCACCCAGUACGUACCUGGCCCUGGGCAGCCCCCUGCCCCAUCCUCCUACCCCGGGCACAGGCUGCCGCUGCAGCAGGGCACAAGCCCAUCCCUGUCCACCGCCAGCCCUGUGGGACCACACUACAAGCCUGCAGAACAGUUCAACGGGCAGGGUGCCAGCUUCAACGGGGGCAGCAUCAGCUACAGCCAGCCUGGCCUGAGUGGGCCCACUCGUUCCAUCCCUGGCUACCCCAGCUCCCCACUGCCCGGGAGCCCCACACCACCCAUGACCCCCGGCAGCAGCAUCCCCUACAUGUCUACCAGCCAGGAGGUCAAGUCUCCCUUCCUGCCUGACCUCAAGCCCAGUGUGAGCAACUUACAUCCAUCGCCGCCUGGCAGCGGCCCCUGUGACGAGCUGCGGCUGACCUUCCCCGUGCGGGAUGGGGUUGUCCUGGAGCCCUUCCGCCUGCAGCACAAUCUGGCGGUGAGCAACCAUGCCUUCCAGCUCCGAGACUCCGUCUACAAGACCCUGAUGCUGAGGCCUGACUUGGAGCUGCAGUUCAAGUGCUACCACCACGAGGACCGGCAGAUGAACACCAACUGGCCAGCCUCCGUGCAAGUCAGCGUCAACGCCACCCCGCUCACCAUCGAGCGCGGCGACAACAAGACUUCCCACAAGCCCCUCUACCUGAAGCACGUGUGCCAGCCGGGCCGCAACACCAUCCAGAUCACUGUCACCGCCUGCUGCUGCUCCCACCUCUUCGUGCUGCAGCUGGUGCAUCGGCCGUCCGUCCGCUCAGUGCUGCAGGGCCUCCUCAAGAAGCGCCUCCUGCCUGCUGAGCACUGCAUCACCAAGAUAAAGCGGAAUUUCAGCAGCGGAACCAUCCCUGGCACCCCAGGGCCCAACGGAGAGGAUGGGGUGGAGCAGACAGCCAUCAAGGUGGCCCUCAAGUGCCCCAUCACCUUCCGCAGGAUCCAGCUCCCUGCCCGGGGCCACGACUGUCGCCACAUACAGUGCUUUGACCUGGAGUCCUAUUUACAGCUUAACUGUGAGCGAGGGACCUGGAGGUGCCCCGUGUGCAACAAGACGGCGUUGCUGGAGGGCCUGGAGGUGGACCAGUACAUGCUGGGCAUUCUCAUUUACAUUCAGAACUCUGACUUCGAGGAGAUCACCAUCGACCCCACGUGCAGCUGGAAGCCAGUGCCGGUGAAGCCUGACUUACACGUCAAGGAAGAGCCAGAUGGGCCAGUGCUGAAGCGCUGCCGCACUGUGAGCCCUGCCCACAUGCUCAUGCCCAGCGUGAUGGAGAUGAUCGCCGCCCUGGGCCCGGGUGCCACGCCCUUCACCCCCCUGCAACCCCCCUCAGCCCCGGCCCCUGGCGACUACCCUGGCCAGGGUUCCAGCUUCCUGGGACCCGGGACCUUCCCUGAAUCCUUCCCACCCACCACACCCAGCACCCCAACCCUGACUGAGUUCACCCCAGGGCCUCCGCCUGUCUCCUAUCAACCCGACAUUCCCAGCAACCUCCUGACGCCAGAGAAGUCUGGCCCCUGCCUCCCAGGCCAGAUGGCACCAGCAGGUCACCUGGACCCAGCCCAUAACCCUGGGCCCCCGGGGCUGCACGCCCCUAACCUUGGAGGCCCCCCAGGGCCCCAGCUGCAUCAUCCAAACCCUCCCCCAGCAUCCCGGCCAGCUCUGGGCCCAGUGAACUCGGGGCCUCUCAGCGAGCUGGGCUUCAGUGCUGCCACAGGCAUGAUGGGGCCCCCCGUGUCUGGGGCAGGGGAGGCCCCGGAACCGGCUCUGGAGGUGGUGUGCGAGCCAGAACCAGUGCAUAAAAGACAGGACCCCUCACGGGCCGGUGUGUCCCAUGUUGUCCUUGGACAGCUUAACAAAAGUGAUUCCUGGUUGCAGAGCAGUCUUCGGCAGGAAGAUGCCCUCUGCUUCCAGAACUGACUAACCCCGAUGAGCUGCUGUCCUACCUGGGCCCACCUGACCUCCCCACGAACAGCAACGAUGACCUGCUUUCUCUCUUCGAGAACAACUGACCCUAUCCGUCGACCACCUGGCUGGCAGAGACAUGCCCACCGAUGUCUCGCACCCUUCUUUCCAGCCCAGCCCCACCUGACACCAGCGGCCCUCCCCACGUGUACACCUGGAGCUGGGACCCGCCCCUGACACCUGGCUGCUGGAGGCCGCACUGCACUGGCUGGGAGAGGAGCCCUGGGGCAGGGUUCUCACUGGCCCGGUUUGCAGCUGCAGAACUGUUUUUGAGGAGAUGCCCAGCCCUGCCCCCAUCUGUACCAGCCCAUGCUUGUCCAGCCCUGCCUGGUUCAUGCAUACCCACCACCCCUGAACUCCAGCCUCACCCAGGCCCCCACCCCACUUGCUCCCACCAGCCUGCAUCUUGUCCAGAGUUGACCUUUCUGUUUCAAUGACCCAUUUGGCCCUAGGCCAGCAAGGAGGGGGUUACUCUGUCCUGGGGCCUAGUCUCGCCCAACCUGCUAUGGCAGGGGCUUCAGGCUGAGGCUGGGGGUGGGGGGCUCUAAAGCACAAUAGUGUACAUAGUGUAGAAACACUAAUAGAUGUAGGGUGGCUGGUCGCUCUGUGCAGCUUGGGUCUCCAUGGGCUCCUGCCCUCACCCAUGUGCAGGCUGGGAGGGGUGGGGGGCAGCAGGCUCCCUCCUACUGGCGGUCGGGCUCAGACUCAGCUCCAUGUGCAGAUUCUCCAGCAGCCUGUUCCCCCCAAGUUGCCCUUUUCUGUACGAGUGAAGAAUUGGUCCCACAGUGUUUUUUAAAUCCACCUGUCCUCCCACGUCCACCCUGGGGCCACGCCAGGUGGGGGAGGAGGGGCCACCACACUCUAGGUGCAGGGCCAAGUCGUGUCCCCUGUCUGCCUGUCUCUAUUAAAGGACUCCCUCGUGGUGGGCCUGCAAAGUC